AUGCUGAUGGAAUCCUAUAGUACUCGCAUGUUUGGAGGCUUUGCAGCAUCAUUGCUCUUUGUCCCUGCCUCCAUUAUGCUAAUUUUGCCCACUGCCAUGAAGUUUUUCGGCGUUACGGCAAUUAAAGCGGCAGCAGCCAGUGCAACCAUAGCCACCUUAGUGGCUCUGGGCAUAACUCUCAGCUAUACAUUUCUAGCUUACAAUGAUAUAGACAAAUCAGGGAAAAAUGAGUAG